AUAUAUAUAGAUAUAUAUAUAGAUAUAGAUAGAAUGAAAUACAUAGUAUAUUUUGAUGACACACAUGUGGAUAUAUUAAAUGAAGAAGAUGUCAUGCUCAUGGACUAUGAAGGUUACUCAAUUGAUGAUUGGAAUUCAUUGUCAGUUGAUCAUGUUGUACGUAUUCAAGCUGUGUGGAAAGACCAACCAUUUGAUGCAUGUCUUCUGCAAGUAGUUCCUAAUGAUGACAGUUGUCAGCAAACUAUAAACAGUUUGAGACAUGCAGUUAAAGUUAAAAAUUUUGGUGCAUUGAGGUUAAUGAGGUACAUCAAGUUCAGAGUUCGACCUAAUAAACGCGCACCUUUACAGCCUUUAGACAACCUCACCAGUGGAACCGAUUCUGAUGCCUUUACACCACUGUUUGUUAAACCACUAGCUGUUAAAGUUAGUGAACCAAUACCUCCACUUUGUUCUCCACCUUUAGUCCCAAUGCAUAUAUUUACACCAACAUCUUCUAUCCAACAUGUUAAUAAAAACCAAUUACAAGUCUCAUCUUCUAUUAUUUCUAAGUCUUUUAAACCUUUGGCCUGCAAAGUGUCAGCGUCAGAUGGUCCAAAAACAAAACGAGCAAAUAGUACUCAUGCUGUGCUCCAUGAGCUCAAUGUUCUUUGCAAUGAUGCAGGCAUCGAUUCUGACACAGUCCAAGCUGUGCGAUAUGGUCAAGCUGUCAUUUUGCAAAAAUUAGCUCUUAUUUCACAACGGCUGGACAGCUUGACGCAUUCAACAGUGAAAGCAAUACCAUUAUUGAAAAGCGAACAAAGAAAAGUUCCUUUGUUUUGUACUCCCGAUGAUCUAGCAAAUGCAGAUAUUGUUUUAUCUGAUGAAAUAUUUCAGUGGAUGCUUCAAGAAGGUGGCCGUGAUUCCAAUGAUCUUUGUGAGCGUUUAUAAAUCUCCUUUUAUCAAUUGAUUUCGCAAAACAACUUAAUCGAAGUGGGAAAAAUGGUAAAUUAAAACUUCCAGUGAAGUUAGAGAAAUUCAUAAAGGACUGCGUUUUGACAAAAUUUCCAAAUGAAACUCGCAAUGUUGUAGAGUUGCGCAUCAAACGAUUUUUGCAUAAUGCAAAGGACAAGAAUGGUGGAAGGGCUGCAAGGCGAAAUUCUAAAGUUCCUAAAGAAGCUGUUGAAUGCAAUGACUUGAUUAUUGCAAAAAAUAAUAAAGAUUUUGACAAUGAACAUCCUGGUCCAAAGUGCCAAAAUGCUGCUCACGGUGAAUUGUCAGUACACAAAAAACGUCGGAAGCUCAACCAAUCCAAUUUAUUUGAUGAAUCAACUGAUUCAGAUUAAUUUAUUUAAAUAAAAUAUAUAAUUUUAUCUUAUAUUUGUGUUUUAUUUGUUUUUUUGUUGCUCUAUCCUAUUUUUCAUAGUAAUUUCAUGGUAUAUAUUUACAUAUAACCAUGGUUAUAUACUUACAUAUUAACUUACAACAAACUGAUUUCAGUGGUUGAGAUUAUUCUAAUUUAAGUUUGUGUAUAAAGAUGCACAAACUUAUUGUAGGGCCUAGAUCAGCUGCCGACAUCAAACCGUUAUCGUUUUUGUCCAUACGGAAUUGUGUAAGGUUGAGAUUAUAUAGAUAUUUUACCCAAACAAUUUUCUGGUAUUGAUUUUUUAACCAAUCAAUUUUUUUAAAUAUCCAGAUAAUUUUUUAACAGAUAUUUUAAAAUAUGAUCUGGAUGAUCUAUGAACCAUAUAUCAACAAAACCCUAUACCAUGUUUGCACUUUUAAAUUAUAAUGGCUAUCAAUAUAUAAUAGCUUAUUCAAUUAUUUUAUGUUUCAAUUAUCUAUGUUCAUUUUGUUUAUAUUUAAUUUAUUUAUUAGAUUUUAAUGAAAUCUGAAAGUUUUGUUAUAAGUGAAGAUCAAUUGCUAUACAAUUUGCUAUACAUAUGUAUAUUUUUUCUUUGUAUAGUAAAUGAUAGUGUUUCCUGACGAAGAGCUAGAAAUUAAGUUAUCUUUUAAUUAUAUGAAUUGGAUAUUAUUAGUUAUUUUAUAUUGUUAUAAAUAGAAAAAAAUAUUUUUUUUAAGUAUAAUUAUGUAAGAGAUUUUUUUACAUAAUUACGUAAGAGAUAAAAUUUGUUUUUAUUAUAAAUUCAAUUAUAUGUAUAAUUUUUUAGUUAUAGAUAUAGAUGUCGAAGAAAUCAAAAUCAACUUAUGAAUUAUCGAAUUGAUUCUUUCAACAAUCUAUGAAGGUUUUUUCAGUGUUACUAUUUUUGGAUUCAUUGCCAAGCAAUGAAGCAGUGCGUUUAACUAUUAACAGAAGAACUCUUUCAGGGGCUGUUGAAUGCAAAGAAGUAAACAAUGAUUAAGAUACAAAUGAUUUUGGCAGUGCACAUCCUGAUUCAAAUUGCCCAAAUGCUGCACACAGUGAAUUAUCGGUUAAAAAAAAAACUUUGGAAUUUCACCCGAUUCAAUUUAUUUGAUGAUUCAACUGAUUCAGAAUAAUUUAUUUAAAAGAAAUAUAUAAUUUUGUUUUA